AUGAUGGAAGGAGAAGAAGGGUCUCAUCAGCAGCCACAUCUUGUGCUCGCUAACAAGUUGUUCCUUCUGAGCCUCCACGAUGUCUCUGACAUCGACAAGGUUCGUCUCAAAGAGGAGGUUUUCACUCACAUCAACAACGAUGAUAUGCUCCCUUUGUACCAAACCCUAAUCGCUGAUUCCGUGUUCGACGCCGAUCCUGCCCUUCUGGACUCUAUGCGUGCUAAAUUAGACGAUGAACUCAACAAGCUUGAUGAAAAAAUUGUUGAUGCGGAGGAAAAUUUGGGCGAAAGUGAAGUUCGAGAGGCUCACUUGGCAAAAUCCUUGUUUUUUAUCCGGAUUGGCAGCAAGGAGAAAGCCUUGGAGCAUCUCAAGGUGACAGAAAGUAAGACAGUUGCAGUUGGCCAGAAGAUGGACCUGGUGUUUUGUACAUUGCUGCUUGGUUUUUUUGACAUGGAUUUUGAUCUCAUUGCCAAAAGCAUUGAGAAAGCUAAAAGUUUGUUCGAAGAAGGUGGCUAUUGGGAGAGAAAGAAUCGGCUGAAAGUGUAUGAGGGCCUGUACUGCAUGUCAACUCGAAAUUUUAAGAAGGCUGCCAAUCUGUUAUUGGAUUCUAUUUCAACCUUUACAACCUAUGAACUUUUUCCCUAUGACAUAUUUAUAUUUUACACAGUUCUAACAAGCAUUAUAUCAUUGGAUAGAGUUUCUUUGAAGCAAAAGGUAGUGGAUGCUCCUGAGAUCUUGACAGUGAUUGGCAAAAUCCCUUAUCUGUCAAAGUUUUUAAACUCCCUAUAUGAUUGUCAAUACAAGUCUUUUUUCUCAGCAUUUGCUGGUUUGACUGAGCAAAUCAAGUUGGACCGUUACUUGCAUCCACAUUUCCGAUAUUUCAUGAGGGAGGUCAGAACUGUUGUUUAUUCCCAGUUUUUGGAAUCAUAUAAGAGUGUUACAAUUGAUGCUAUGGCAAAAGCUUUUGGAGUGACCGUUGAUUUCAUUGAUUGGGAGCUUUCACGAUUUAUUGCAGCUGGGAAACUUCAUUGCAAGAAUAUUGAUAAAGUUGCGGGUGUUCUUGAAACUAACCGCCUUGAUGCUAAGAAUGCUCUUUACCAAGCUACUAUUAAGCAAGGAGACUUCCUAUUGAACCGGAUCCAGAAAUUAUCGCGCGUGAUUGAUCUCUGAGGUUAAGUCAUCUCUUGUGAUUCUAAAUUACACCCCGAUUUUUUUAGGGGGUCCUGGAGAGGGGAAAGGCACCGCGAUACAGACAAUAUGAAGGGUUUUUUGUUGAAUACACUUUACUAGGUGGAUGUGACAUUCCUGUAGUUUAUUUAAUUUCCAAA